CUACGAAGAACGAGAUGGCCCCAGACGAGACUGAUUCUGCUGGUCAAGACCUGGUCAGCAGACCUCCAAAAUGUUCACCAAGGAAUGUUUUCAAUCGAAAAUUACUCGAAACCUUGGCCAUGGGUCAGGGUCUCUCCGCCUUCAUCUGCGGAACGGCAGUAACUUCUCAGUACCUGGCUACAGUUUACCAAGUCAACACCCCUAUGUUCCAGAGUUUCAUGAAUUAUGCGGUACUCUGUCUCACAUACACCACGGCGUUAAUCUUAAGAAAAGGUGAUGGAAAUAUUUUGCAGAUUUUAAAGACCAAAUGGUGGAAGUAUUUUUUGCUUGGCCUGGUUGAUGUGGAAGCAAAUUAUGCCGUAGUGAAAGCGUACCAGUUUACAACCCUAACCAGCAUACAGCUGCUGGACUGCUUUGUCAUUCCAGCUCUAAUGAUCCUGUCCUGGUUUUUCCUGAAGACCCGGUAUAGGAUAGUCCACUAUGUAGCUGUUUGUGUGUGUCUGGCUGGAGUCGGAGCCAUGGUUGGGGCAGACUUACUCUCCAAAAGAGACCAAGGAUCUACCUCUGAUAUUCUGCUCGGAGACGGUCUGGUGCUAGUCAGUGCCACUCUUUAUGCCAUCUCCAACGUGUGCCAAGAGUACACCGUCAAAAACCUGAGCCGGGUGGAGUUCCUAGGCAUGGUUGGCCUUUUCGGGACCCUCAUCAGUGGGAUACAGCUAGGUAUUCUGGAGCACAGUGCUUUACGUCAAAUGAAAUGGUCUUGGGAAAUCGCUCUGCUCUUGUCUGGAUAUGUCGUGUGCAUGUAUGCUCUCUACAGCUUCAUGCCAGUGGUGGUAAAGCUGACCAGUGCCACGGCCGUCAACCUCUCUCUACUUACUGCAGACCUCUUCAGUCUCUUUUGUGGCCUGUUCCUGUUCCAGUACUCUUUCUCUGUACUCUACAUCGUCUCAUUAGUGACAAUUAUCGUGGGCUUCAUCAUGUACAAUUCUGUUCCUACACUGACCCUAAACCCUGAACUGGCCUCUGAUGAAGAGGAGGGAGGACAGGACAACCCCGCCCUGGUCUUUGAUGAUGAGGGCAACCAGGAUUCUGUCAUUGAUGUCGUGUCUGACGAUCUGGAGAAGAGGAAUGGAGAAAAAGAAGAGCGGCAUUUCCACAGGAACCCUCAUAUCCAUUCUGAAGUAAAUCCAGCGACAUGCGAAACGGAACACGGCGUUAAGCUGUAACCCACAUCAACCAGGCGAAUUUCCACGUAUGCGUAUGAUCCUACUGGAGCUCAUCGUGUUAGGUACAAAUGUUGCGAAAGAAGGGAAGAAUAGUACUAAAUAAACAAAGUGUACUCUUUUCCCCAGCACGAGGCAUAGACU